AAAUUCCAUAGAAAUUGGCAUUCAUCAGAAAUGCAACAGCCUUGAGCUUAAAAAACAAACAAUUUCUUCGUAGCUGGAAUAAAAACAGCGUUUCAACAACAGCUGGAAACGCCGAGAUCGACCGAUUAUUUUUCGCUAUUUUUAUCUUUUAGAAGUCUCUUGUUCCACUUGCAGAAAUAAUUGCAUUAGCAAAGCCAACCAUUUAUUGCAAGCCACGCGAGGCAAACAAAUAAAUAUCGUUUACCUUUGGUCUCAUGAUCGCGGUAACAACCUCGCAUGCUGCACCUGACUGUAUUAUAACGUAAAUAUAAAUGACACAUCCCACCGCGAAUACUAAAAUAACACCAGGAAGUCAAUGUCACGUUGUAGAACAAACACACAAAAACAUAUACAACCGCGCGAAAAUGUUUCUCUCUCCCGGUGUUAUGUUACAGUAUAAAGUUAUAAAUAUAGUCGCGAAGGAAGAGGAAAAAAGCUCUGAUGAAGAAUUGUAAUAAACCUCGGUGUUAUUUCUGCACCAAUACGAUAGACCUGAAAAUAAUCGUAUUAUAAUAUAACUCGCGUACGACUAAUAACCGCUAAGUGGCGGCGCGCAACGAGACGAAAGGAUUCUCUCUCUCUCUCUCUCUCUCUCUCUCUCUCUCUCUCUCUCUCUCUCUCUCUCGCGGCUCCAAUUCAUUAGCACUAUCGCGCCAAUAUCGUCAUUACAAUUUCUCCACGUGCUCACGGAGAGCACCAGGGUAUAAAAAUGUAGCACACGCAGCGGGCCGCGCAUGAUGUGUGAAAAUCGUAAAAAUAGCCUUAACUCAUUCGCGCGCAUCCAUCAGAGCGAGAGAUCCCCCGAGUAAGUAUCUACAUGGAAAACCGUUUGCGCACACCUUGUGCCUCAUUACGCUAAAAGCAGCUCACGGAAUCAUCAUCUCCAUUUUCGUUCGAGUUCGAGAUCGAUCCAUCAGCGGCAUUAUACAAGCUCCGCUUUUUAGCUCGCGAGAGCGUACUUAUGUCAGUCGCUAUAAUAAUGAUCAAAAGCGUAUCUCUAUAUCCGUUCGGGGAAAACCAAGAGAGCGAGUCUCGCUAUUUUUCCCACCCUCGAGUCGAAAAAAGAGACGAGGAUCGCGCGCAUAAACAAGCCCGCGUAUCGCACACGACACGCUCAUCUCUCUCUCUCUCUCUCUCUCUCUCUCUCUCUCUCUCUCUCUCUCUCUCUCUUUGGCGCCGUGGACGAUUAGUGGAGGGAAUACGUUGCUCUCUCUCUCUCUCUUUUGCGCGCUGGGACUCACGGUGGGGAUCCUCACUUGAUCCGCGGGCAUAAAACGAACGGCUUGCGUGCCGCUGCUCAGUUGACUUUCGAGAACCGAUAGCGAACGCUUGUAACACACUUCUUCUUCCUCUUCUUCUUGAACCGCUGCAGUGAUCGACUUUUUCUUCGAUUCACCGUUACACAUCAGGCCGUACCUCUGCUGUGCUUCGAAAGAUUGUGUUUGUGUGACUUUAGACAGCCGAAAUAAGGACGCUUUUACUUUUUCUUUCGCCAAGAGAGAGAGAGAGAGAGAGGGAGACUUUUGUGAUCAGUGAAGCGGAUCGAGAUCUCGAUUUGGAAGCGUUCCCAAUUUUUUUCUUCCCUCGUACCAAGAGAGCGAGAGCAUUUCCUCUGCGCCAUUGUUCCGGCUGCUAGGAGGAGAUUUUUGGAUUUCGCUUCGUUGGGAGGAAUCAGAGAGAAGAAGAGCGACAUGACGGGGAGCAAUUGCCGGGGAAGCUUAGCGAUCGCGCUUGCGGCCGCCGUGCUCGUCUGCUGCAUCGCACGUGCUUGCGGCUCCGCUAUUCCCAUGUGGGAGUUCCUCACCAGGGAGGAGAAGAUGAGUCACCUGUACCGCAUCUUCAGCCAAGAAGUGGCGCAGUACUGCUCGGAGUCGAGCAAGCCCGACUGCAACAAGAACCUGCUGGUCACUGGACUCAAGAACUUGGCCCACAUCGACGACGACAAGCUCGAUGAGAUGGAUCCCUACCAGCGCGGCGCCAAAGAUAUCAUUUGGAGAGCCAUGGUCGGCAACAACAGGCAGACGGCCUCGCGCCUCGGUCAGCACACCUUCCACACGACUGCCGAUGCCGAUCCGCUAGCCGUCGGCGACAACGAGCUCCCGCAGGAAUCGAGCUCCAACUACGACUACGUCCACCCGUCGGAGCACACCGGUCCCUACCUCACGGGACCGAUGGUGAUCCGCGUCUACCCCGACGGCCGUCCGGUACCAAAUGACGCUCAGCGUCCUCUGCCCAAGGACGAGGACAUCGAGGACAUCCGCUAUGACACUCGCCUGCCCAGCAUCAUGGAUCUCGAGGCCGCGAAGAAGUCGUCGGCAAGCGAACCCGCGACCGAGAUGCUGCCGCCCAGGAAGACUCUGAGAUCGGCAAGCCUCUACCGAUUCAUGCCGCCCGCCAGGUUCUACGCGCGCAUCAGCAGACCCAACAACCUGCUGAUCCGCGAGAGAUUCUACUGAAGCAAACGGGAUCUCUUUCACUCGACAGGAGCAAAGACUGAUGAAUCGACGUGUCCCUGCGCGGACACUCGAUCGAAAGAGAACUAACAAUUCAACGCAUAGAGGCUUCACUCGCUCGACAUCGGCUGCGAGCGUUUCGCUCGUCUUUGUUUUAAUUCGGAAUCAAAAGGCGGCGGCAGCGGCGGAGGGAUCGACGAAAAAAAACUUUCACGUGGAAAGGGCAGACAAUGGAGCCGAAGAAAGGAGAGUAUGACGGAUCGAGCCGAACGGACGAGCACGGCAUACCGAUGUGUAUGCGUGCCUGCGUCUCUCUCUCUCUCUCUCGCUUUGGAUGCACGUGAAAGUUCCGCGAGUCAGGAGAAAGAGCACUCAUUUCCAAUUCAAUCAUGAUCCGCUCGAUCUUCGUUAUGCACGUGGAUACCCUCGGGCUUUUUCCUUGGAACGUGGCCAUCGAGCUCUUGUAAAUAUCAUCCUCAUAGCCAUCAUCAUGCAUAUUGUAAAUAGCCGCUUCAUCGUCAUCAUCGCGUUACACACUUCGUUUGUAUUAUUUCGUAUGUAUAGUCUGUAUGUACAAGGGGCUCGCUCAUAGUACAUGUAUGCGUGAGUCUUGUGUGUGUGAUAAAAAUAGCGCGCGCUUGGUGAAAUUUUUCGUUUUUGCGCUGAAAGAAAGCUUUUUCACGCUUCGUUGUAACUCGCGGCCAAUACGAGUGAGGAGUUAUCCGGCGCCAGCUGUUUUUUUGAAUAUUUACGGAAAAACAGACUGGCCGCUCACAAUGGACGGAGCGAUUGUUAUUUAAACAAAACGCGCUCGAAAGUCGUUUGUUAUCGCUACAGCCGCUAUACGUAUAGCCUGCUUUUAACUUUGGGCCACUGCGGAGCACAAUUGAGUUGCGCCGCGUGUGCGUGAGUGUAUAGGCGAAACAAGAUUUUUUACCGCGCGAGUGCAAUUGGUCGCCUCGUUUUACUUUGUCCGACAAACGAGAAAUGGACGCGAGCCGUACUGUUUCUUUUUCCGUUGCGACCGAGUGUGAAAAGAGAGAAACAAAAGGGCUGCUGCAUGCUCGCUGAUGUUCGAGCACUUUUUCGCGUCAUGUGUCGUCGUGGCGCGAGAAAAGUGCGCGAUUGUCGAAUGCAAGAACUAAAGAGCAACAAACGAUCGAUUAAGCCUCGUCCGUAUCGCGGCUACUUUAAUGUGAUGUCAUCCCAGAUGUAUUAUUAGCUUUAGCGUGUUUUAUUUUUCUUCGUAAAUUAUUGCAACUAAUUUUUAAGCUGUAUUAUUGUAUAAUGUGUAUUGGCGUUAUUGUUUGUUUUUUCUACGAUUCGCGCGCAGUCAGAUUUCUAUGUAUACAGAUAGUACACGUCAGUGCGAGUUAUGGAAUCGACAAGAAUAAAACGAUUAAAUUGAAAAACAUA